CACUAAGUUAAACAAUAUUUUCAAACAUUUAGGAUGAAACUAAGUGCAACAAUGAACAUGGGAACUUACUUUACCCUACUUCAUUUUAUUGCUUUCUUGAUCCUUAUUUUCAUGGCUUGUAGUAACACAUUAAUUGUUGAAGCUCAAAGACACAGGGCACCAGAUGUCAAAAAAGGGAAAUUUUCACCAGCAGUUUCUGGUCACAAAAAGGCUAUUUUAACGAUCAAUGACUUUCGAAAAGGUGGUGGUGGAGGGGAUCCGUCAGAAUGUAGUGGCAAAUAUUACGAUAAUUCUAUUCCAAUUGUAGCUUUAUCAACUGGAUGGUACAGUAAAGGGAAAAGAUGUUUUGAAAAAAUUACAAUUUAUGCAAAUGGAAAGAGUACAAAAGCUGUGGUUGUGGAUGAAUGUAACACAAGUAAAGGGUGUAGAAAUAACAUUGUUGAUGCUUCUGAAGCUGUGUGGAAAGCUUUAGGUGUGCCUAAGAAAGAUUGGGGUUGGCUUGAAAUCUUCUGGUCUGAUUAAUCAAUUUGAUUUCAAUGGUUUUCUUGGUAUGGCUUUCAUUUCAAUAAGUAUCUGAAAUAAACUGAUAGCAAGGCUCAUGUGGCUGCCUUAAUCAUGCUAUCACAAUAAUAAUAACAGUUACCUGUUGUUAUCUUUUAUGCGACUUAGUAUGUAAAGGUUCUUUUGCACUGAUCGUGUAAAGAAGUUAAACUCGAAUAAUAGUACUUGCUCCUUUUGUUGCUUCUUGGUUGAAAGAUUAUGGAUUUGUAAGCAGCUGUUUGAACUAAAUUUUACAUUAGUUAUAUGCUUAUACUGGCUUCUUUGAUCUAGGGGUGUGCAGGUUGGACCGACUUAUAGCGGGUCAUAAUGGGUAGAGCUAAUAACUUGGUAUUUGACCCGCCCAAAAGUUACUUGGCUAAGAUGAGAUGUGUCUAUAAUAAAGACUAUAAUACUUGUCAUUGGAAAUGUAUUCAAUAUUGAAAUUAUACAAGCAACUGAACAAAGUAGUGGCAAAACAAGAAGCAAAUUACAUCAACACAGAACUUAUUCACUAUAGUAGUCUCUCAUUAUUUCUAGUA